UCGCAGAUCAAAUGCGAUGCAAUCCUUCUGGCGGAGUCAGGUUACGUACAUGCUACCAGAAGAGGCAAAAUCAAUAGGCCUACUGUAAUUUUUUUUUUUUCCCGUUGCAAUGUUGAUUAAUUAAUUAAAUAGGCAUAUAUAUCAUCUAUUUCUAUUCUAUCUCCCUUGGAGCUGACUUGAGAGAAAAGCCUGCGACAGAAGUCACCCAUAGAUGUAUUAUAUUAAAGCGACCCCACAGAGGAGCCGCAAAUAAUACACGUUUCCUAGGAAUGCCAUGGACGUAUUAAAGAGAAUUCAGGAUGGCGAAGACAUGACCCGCACUACUGUGUCUCUGAAUGGCUUAGUACUCGUUUCCUUCUUUGGUUUGAUUGGUUAGGUUUAGGCAUGAGGAGUGAGAUUGGUCAGCGUUAGGCUAAGAAUACCAGGGUAAGCUAAUGAGAGGCAGAGUAAGGCAAAGUAGGGCGGGACAUGCCUUCGCUAUCCUAGGAAACUCGAAUUCGCCUGCACGAGCAUACUCUUGGGUCGAAGUGUAGUUUUAAAUCAUAAUAUUAUCAUAAAAAGCGAAAAUCAAGAGGGACAUAACGUUACAUUAUUAAAUUAACGCACACACCCGGACUGCAUUGAUGGGAAACAUAAAGAAUGCUUCGCUCUGACGUCGAACACCAGCAAAGAGAAACAGAACAGGACAACGCGCGUGGACCCUAAAAAGAUGAUUGGCAGUCUUCAUGUUUUUUUUAUUCCAUUGGACGUCCUUUUCCUGUGACAGCAGCAGCCGUGCUUGUACAUUGCUGUAUUUCACCCAGCAGUGCUUCUGAUGGCUGGUCAACUCCUCAAAGUAUCCUCUCUGGCCACAGCAGUGUUUGCCUCCUCUGGGUUUUACCUCUACAACAGACAGCUGAACCUCAAUGACCUGACUGUCAUUCGCUUCGGACGAGCUGCAGCCACCACGGCGGUCAUCAGUUUUGACUAUCUGACUGCCUUUAAACAUGUGGAAUAUGGCACAGAGGAGUAUUGGGCACUCAGGUCCAAGGUGCAUCUGAGGUCGGCGGAGCGUCUUCGAGACUUGUGCUGUGCCAACCGGGGUACUUUUAUCAAGGUGGGCCAGCAUCUCGGUGCUCUAGACUACUUGCUGCCUCAGGAGUACACAUCCACACUGAAGGUGCUCCACAGCCGCGCUCCUCAAAGCAGCAUGGAGGAGGUCAAGCAGGUCAUUAGAGAAGACCUCAGCAAGGAGCUGUCAGAGUUAUUUGUCUCCUUUGAAGAGAAGCCUCAGGGUGCAGCCUCCUUAGCCCAGGUCCACAAAGCAGUGCUGCAUGAUGGGAGGACAGUGGCCAUCAAGGUCCAACACCCUAAAGUCCAGAGACAGAUGUUCAGGGACAUAGCGGUGAUGGAGGUGCUGUUGAGGGCGGUCCAUUGGCUCUUCCCAGACUUUGCCUUUAUGUGGUUGGUGGAAGAAGCCAAGAAGAACAUGCCGCUAGAGCUGGACUUCCUUAAUGAAGGACACAAUGCUGAGAGGCUGGCCAAAAUGCUGGCCCACCUCCCCUUUCUCAAGAUUCCCAUCAUCCAUUGGGAUAUGUCAACAAAGAGGAUCCUGACCAUGGAGUUUGCUGAAGGGGGGCAGGUCAACGACAGGGACUACAUGAAAAAACACAGCAUUAAUGUCAACGAGAUCUCAGAGAACCUGGGUAAGAUGUACAGUGAAAUGAUCUUUGUCCAUGGCUUUGUACAUUGUGACCCACACCCUGGCAACGUGUUGGUCCGAAAGUGUCCCCAGAGCAAGAAGACAGAGAUCAUCCUGCUUGAUCACGGCCUUUAUCAGGUCCUGCAGUCAGACUUCAGGUUGGACUACUGUCGGCUAUGGCAGGCUCUGAUUAAAGGUGACAUGUCCGGGGUGGAGCGUUACAGCCUCAGACUGGGAGCUGGAGAUCUUUACCCUCUGUUUGCCUGCGUGCUCACCGCUCGCUCCUGGGCAGCCAUCAAUGUCGGCAUCAGUUCUGUGUCUGUCACACACUCUGAGGAUGUUGAGAUACGGACCAAUGCAGCUCUAUACCUCCCACAGAUCAGCGAGCUGUUGAAUCGAGUGCCCCGGCAGAUGCUUUUGCUGCUGAAGACCAACGACUUGCUGAGGGGAAUUGAGACAACCUUACAGACCAGAGCCUCCUCCUCGUCCUUCAUCAACAUGUCCCGCUGCUGCAUUCAUGCCAUGGCCAGGCACAAGAGGAGUAAGGCUCAGUCCAGGAGGAGGCAUCUACAGAUCACACUGGCAGAGUCUUUCCACCUGUGGAGACUCACUAUGUAUGAACUGCUUCUGUGGGUGAAGGGCUCCACGUUGGGUCACUGGCUCACUGCUCUGCGGGCAUUUCUGCACUGAGACACAUCUGGACAUUGCACUGGGACAUUAACAACAGGCUGGCUGUUGUCUCUCAAGGGUUUUGUAAUGCACUGCAGUUUAACACAUUUUGAAUAUGUGCUCAAACACACACACACACACAC